AUGUAUAUUGUUAAAGCAGUUGCCUUGUUCUUUGCGCUUUUUGUUGUACAGAACGCUAAUAUUGCAGCCCAAGAUAUCGUCGUCACCAUCCCAUCCACGUUAAAUUGGAAAAAAUGCAGCGAAUCUAGUAAUGUGACGAACGUUGGAUAUCAAGUGGAUUUACUUGAUGGAAAGCAAAAAAACACAACUGGUAUAGGAGCAAUAGUAACCGGUUUCGGUUAUCUAAUAACUGAUAAGUAUCCCAAUGCUCCCAAUGGAUUCUUGACCGUUCUCGCAUUAGAAAACGUCACGAAAAAUUACUUGGAUCCAAAUUACAAUGGAGAUUUGGAUGCCGUACAAGACGCUUCAUGUAUCGAGUACUCUAAGCCAGUUUCUAAGUGCGCGCAUAGUGAGCGCGUCAGUCCUCCUGGAGUCUACUGUUUAGUAGUCACAAAUCCACAAAACAAGUCUCUUCAAGUUGGAAUCGGGCUCGAGUUCGAUGGCGUUACUUCGAAGACAUCUGGAGCUAGUCAGACUGGAGCAUCAACCUCUACUUCUAGUUCCGCGAAUAAUGCCUUUACCGCUAACUUUUUGCCAGUUGUGUUUGGAUUCUUUGUAUCACUUUACUUUGGCACUUUUGUCUUUUAG